AUGACCGAGUCCAAGGGGCCAAUAGGGCUGGGUGUGGACUCCAAAGUUUCCCCCGAACCCAGAUCACAAAGCGAGGUACCGGACGCACCUUCAGUCGGAGGCCUCGAUUUCGAGGAAUACACCCGCGGCGGUCUUGGUAGACACCUUGGAAUAUUUUCUACCAUUUUCUUAAUCGUUGGUCGUAUCAUAGGUACCGGAAUUUUUUCUACGCCUUCUUCAGUCACGAGCAGUGCUGGAAGUGUAGGCGCAGCCCUCUUAUUAUGGGUAUUGGGUUUGCUACUUGCGGGAGCGGGUCUUUCCGUCUGGCUGGAGCUUGGCUGCAUGAUACCACGCAGUGGAGGUGAAAAAGUCUACCUCGAGGCCGUGUAUCGGAAGCCUAAGCUCCUGAUAACCGUUGUGUUUGCAGUUCAAGCAGUUGCUCUUGGCUUCACAGCCUCCGGGUGUAUUGUGUUUGCAUCUAACGUUGUCCUUGCGGCAGGGAGAAAUGCAACUGAGUGGGAAGAGCGAGGAAUUGCAAUCGCCGUGAUUGUGUCCAUCACGAUGUUGCAUACCUUUCUUCCAAACUGGGGAGUCCGAGGAAUGAAUGUCAUUGGUGUCAUCAAGGUUAUACUACUGCUUUUUAUUGUUAUAACUGGAUGGGUGAUACUCAGCGGGCGAGUAUCAAGCGUUGAGGACCCUUAUGCGAGUUUUCACAACUCCUUCGAGGGCUCAGCAACGUCAAGCAACCUAUAUGCGACCGCGCUUUUUAAAGUUUUGAACUCAUAUGCUGGAUGGUCAAACGCAGCUUACGUGGUGAACGAAAUCCGCAAUCCAAUUCGCACGAUGAAGAUCGCCGCGCCAAUUGGUCUCGCUAUCUGCGGCAUCCUAUACCUGCUGGCCAAUGUCGCAUAUUACGCAGCUGCCACUCCACAGGAGAUUGCACAAAGCGGUGUCACUGUUGCUGCAUUCUUCAUGGGCAAGGUCUUCGGGACAGCGGCCAAACGUGCCUUGAGUGUCUUCGUUGCGAUCUCCGCAUUUGGAAACGUCAUGACGGUCACUUUCGCCCAGGCCAGAGUCAACCAGGAGCUUGCGAAAGAAGGGGUGAUCCCCUUUCCGGAGUUUUGGGCGUCGAGCUGGCCAUUCGGAUCACCCUCGGCGGGAUUGCUGCUGCAUUUCAUCCCCUCAUUUAUUGUCAUCGUGGCAAUUCCCUUUGGCGAUGCUUACAACUUCAUCCUUGAUCUUGAAGGAUACCCAGGAAGUGUGAUCAACUUCUUGGUUGUAGCUGGACUGUUCUAUCUCCGGUGGACAGCAGCAGAAAUCCCCCGGCCGUUCAAAGUCUGGUGGCCUGUUGCAUUUUUCUUCAUGGUCGCUCAGGCCUUCCAACUCGUUGCGCCGUUUAUCAGACCACCAGGAGGAAAGGGUGACACUUCACUUCCAUACUGGCUUCCGUAUGUUAUAGGAAUUGUGGUUUUGCUUGCUGGUAUCGUGUACUGGGCACUUUGGCAAAUCAUUCUCCCCUCGUUUGGAAAGUACAAACUUACACCACAGCACUCUGUCUUGUCAGAUGGCACUACCGUUGUCGUAUACAAGAAGCAAAAGCUGAUCUAA